GUGGAAUGGGAAACGCAACGGUCGACGAGUAAAACAACACCAUUUUGAUUUGAGCAGAGAGAACACCGAGCUAAGAACUCGAAAUCAAAAUGGUGGCAAAAGCAUCAUCAUACGAAGAGAGUCGCCGCAAGAGAAUGGAAGAGAAUCAAAAGAGAAUGGAAGCUCUGAGUCUUACCAAGCUCUCUCAAUCUCUUCACAAAUCAUCUUCCCCCAUUUCAAAACCCUCACCUUCCAAACCUCGCACUCCUAUCAAGAAAGAGCUCGUUGUUGUUCGAAGAUCCGGCCGUGUCGCCAAUAUGCCUGCUCCUGUUUACAAAGAAAUUCUUAUUGAUUCCGUUAAGAUACCUAGAAAUAGAAUUUCAAGAUGUGGUGGAUAUGAUAAGUACAGGGAUUAUUCGAAGCGGGUGUAUGCGUCGGACGAAGCUAGAAUGGAAGCAAUGGAGAAGGCUGAUAAGUUGCUGUCCGAUUUAGAUUCUGAUCAUCCAACUUUUGUCAAGUCAAUGCUCCAAUCUCAUGUCACUGGUGGAUUCUGGCUGGGCCUUCCAAAUCAUUUCUGCAGGAAAAACCUUCCAAAACGGGACGAAGUGAUGACUUUAAUUGAUGAGGAUGGGGAUGAGUCUCCAACUACAUAUUUGGCUCACAAAACAGGACUUAGUGCUGGAUGGAGAGGUUUCGCUAUUGCUCAUAACCUUGUUGAUGGGGAUGCUUUAAUUUUUGAGUUAGUUAAACGCACUGCAUUCAAGGUGUACAUUAUUAGAGUGAAUGAGGGUAAACAGGACGAUUGAAUUGCAGCUGGAGAUUGGAGGUAGUAAAACUAUUCUAGGUUCUAAUAUGCUGGUCUUUGGCCCAUGGAUUCAGUUUUUUGGUUUUGUAGUUUGGUUAACGAAUGAUGUCUAACUUAUGUUCUUCUGUCUCCUAUUUUGAGGUCCUACAUGUGAAGUUAACUCUUCUGCAUAUGUAUAAAUGAAUGGAGCUAGCGAACCUUAUAAUCUUAAAUAUUUAUUUAAAUUUGAAAAUCAGUGUUUUGAGUGGUAAA